AUGCAUAAGGAUGAAGACGAGACAGAACUUAUUCGCAAAUCUGCAUAUCGAGGCCCAAUUCCUCCAUCACCGAUGACCCAGGCCGACAUGCUUGCCGGGAUUGGGGUUGAAGCGCAAGUUGCUGGUAAUGAGCUUGAUGAUCCCGCGUCCGGAAUAAGCUUAACCCCAGACCAGGACGAGAACCCUUGGGCCCACGGUUUUGAUCAAGGCUCCCAUAAGUACAUACUGGACGGUGAGCGAAUGACUCGCCAUGAGAGCGAUCAAUUCCUCAGAGCUCCAGAUACGUACACCAGGCCCAGAAAUGGAAGAAGAUCCAUCACGCCCUUAUCCUCGACAGAUAGCAAUCCGGAGAAGCGUCAACGCCAGGACUCACUAGAAAUGCUUGCCGAUGUUGCAUCAAUCCAGCCUGCUACCGUUUCCUCGUCAUUCCGCCACCUAUCUAGUGCACCUCAGACCAAGGCUGAACAGCAAAGACAAGUGACCCAUGCCGAGCAACAACGUAUGGCUCUUCAAAAAUUCGGCAAAGCCUUAUUAGCUGAAUGCCAGGCUGAUCCUUCCGCUGAUGGUACCGACCUGGAGAAUGUAGUCCUGCGAAUAUUAUCAGGUACGAACCCUCAGAUGCAGGACGGAAGACAGGCUAUUUUCGAACGUCCCCCGAGUGAAGACUUCGAGCCGGAUCACCCACGCUUAGAUACGAUCAUGACAAAGACGGAAGCUCUCAAAGCUUCACAGGCGAUAUCUAAGAUUAUCAAGCACAGUAGAAGUGCUUCAUUCACCUCCCGAUCUCGUCGGUCUUCGAGGGUCUCGUCUUCUGAUAAGCUGCAAUGCCCGCACUGCGAAGUCAACCUGGCUCGAGCUUGCGACAUGAAAAAACACAUGAAACGCCACACUAAGCCUUACGGUUGCACCUAUCCUAAAUGUCACAAACGGUUCGGAGCGAAAUCAGAUUGGAAGCGGCACGAGAACAGCCAACACUUUCAAAUGGAAUCUUUCCGCUGUCAACGGAAAGAUCCGACAAUCCGUAAGCCUUGCGGAGAGCUAUUCCAGCGCGUUGAGCUUUUCAGACAGCACCUUGUCAAUGAACAUAAAGUUGACAAGGGUUCUGACGUAUCCGGCGAGGCAAAAGCCUGUCGUAUUGGUAAGAACUACCAAGGACAGUUCUGGUGCGGUUUCUGUCAGAUGAUCGUGAAGCUGAAGGAAAGACGCAACGCUGCUUGGGAUGAGAGAUUCGAUCAUAUAGACGCACAUUUCAACAAGGAGAAAAGAGGUAUCGAGCAAUGGUUAUGUGUGGAGACACGGAAAACGAAGGGAGAGUCCUUGAAAGAGAUGGACAGGACAAGGUUUGAUGAGGACGAUGGAGACGAGGAUGGUGAUGGCGAGCCAGAUGACAGCCCGCCGCCGACUGCCGGCGGAGCAAGCGAUGGAACAUACCAGUCGCAUGAGGCAUUUCCAAGACCUCCUUCGAUACCGCCAUCAAUGACUGUUGCGGAAGACGUAACAAGAAAGAGACGGUAUCCUGUCGAAGAGUUCGCGCCACCACCAGUUCAGAAACGAAGGAGGACGGACGUCAAUCGCUAUUUGUUCAUGCGGGAACGGACCAUGGCCUGGGAAUAUGUAUGUGGUCUGUAUGAGCUGUGA